UAGGCAUUGGUAAAAGCUGAAAAGAAGAAAAUAAAGAUCCACCUCGAACCUCCCUCCACUCUUUCUUUCGCUCUCAACUGAGCUAAGAGGCUUUGGAUUUAUAGCUCCAAUUUGGGAUUCAUUGCUAUCUGUGAAUAAUUAUGAGGGAAGAAGAGUCAAAUUGGUUCUCCAAAUGGGAGGAAGAGCUGCCAUCCCCGGAGGAACUUAUGCCUCUUUCCCAAUCCCUAAUUACUCCUGAUCUUGCUCUCGCCUUCGACAUUCGCAACCCCAACCAUGCCCAACACAAACAGCCUCAUCCUCCUCCGCCUUCCUCGGCUCUACUGCCCCCUUCUCAACACUCCUUGUCCGAAUUCGCCGCCGAUUCCGGGGACCUGAGAUCCGGGGCAGCCGGAGAUGAGCCCGCGCGCACUCUCAAGCGGCCUCGCCUUGUGUGGACCCCACAGCUCCACAAGAGAUUCGUUGACGCCGUGGCUCAUUUGGGGAUCAAGAACGCCGUCCCCAAGACCAUAAUGCAGUUGAUGAGUGUCGAUGGCUUGACGAGAGAAAACGUUGCGAGCCAUUUGCAGAAGUAUCGCCUUUAUUUGAAGAGAAUGCAAGGCUUGUCUGGUGGUAGUGGAGGCUGUGCCAACGGAGGAUCUGGUGGUGCCGGAUUAGGGGCCUCCGCUGAUCCAGCGACGGACCAUUUGUUUGCAAGCUCACCGAUUCCGCCACACUUUCUUCAUCCUGCUCGAGCUAAUUCAGAGCAUUUCUUACCUUUCGUGCCAGUGCCAGCCCUGCAGCAUCACCAACAACAGCAGCAAAUGCUGGCGGCCGCGGUAGGGCAUCCUCAUUUGCAGUCUCAGUAUCAUCGGCCACAAAUGGGUCUCUACGGGUCAUCUCCAAAUAGCCAAUUGGAGCAUCCUUUCUUAGGCAGGCAGACGCAGCAACCAAUGCACAGGAUGGGAGGGACGCCGGUGCACAAUCAAGCUCCCAGUAGUUAUGUGGAAGAUUUGGAAUCUGCCAAUGGAAAUGGUGGAAGGAAGGUUCUUACAUUAUUUCCUACUGGGGACGAUUGAUUCAAAACUUUGGAAUCGUCUCAAUUAACUUAAAAUUUAGAGUCUGCUUGCAUGGGAGUCCUUUCAUCCAACAAGGUGGUUUUGAGGCUACAUGACUAAGUUUUGAACUUGAAGUGGGGAAAAAGACACGAUGAUCAUCCCUAGUCAGUUUCUUUGUUUAUUGCAGUUGGUACUGAGGUUCUCAAGUUUCCAAAAUUCUCAUCUGUGUUAAUUAUCUGCUUGUCUUAGUUCAGUGUUAUGUAGAGGUAAGUUGUACAAUGUAUUACUCCAUAGAAGACUUUGGACCUGUGACAGAAAGGAAACUCAAGGAUCUCUGACUUCCUUUUCAUUCUUCUCUAAUUUUUCUUUGUAAAGUCUUAUCCUAAUGAACAUUAGCUGCUUUUCUGAAAUUUCACAGCAUCUGUAACUGUUCCUUGUGUUAUUGAAUGGCACAAAUCUCUAGUGCAAAGUAGAACACUCAGCAUUUCUGAUCAAUAAAUAAUGUAGAUUUUGUUGGCAUA